GAGGGAGGUAAGAGGAGGAGGUACGGAGGGGAGAAGAUUGGGAGGAGGAUUACGUGGGGUUGAUAGGGAGGAGGAGGAGAGGGAGAUGGCAAGCUAGGAGGAGGAGGAGGAGGAGGUGGGGAAGAUGACUGGGAAGGGAGGAGGAGGUAGGGGAGCCAACAGGGAAGAAGAAGAGGAGGAGGAAGAGGUAUUAGGAAAGACCGGAGGGGGAAGAAGGGAAGAACCAGAUAGGGAGGACCCGGAGGAGGAGGAGGAGGAGGAGUGUCAGAGCCAGGCUACAAGAGGAAGAAGAAGAACAGGAGGAAGAGAAGGGGAACUGAAGAAGAGGAAGAAGGUGCGUGACGUGGCUCCAGAUAAUGUUCCCGCGGGAGAUCAAUGGCAGGGGACAUGGUCAAGGGUGUUCCAGGUGCUAAUCUCAAAAACAAGGUGAACAGGUAGAGGACAGGUGUUGCUCCCUAGUCUGGCUAUCAAGGGUGAAGCAUGACUAAGGGGGAGAGUGUGUUUGUGCCCCUAGGGGAGGCUGGAGCCGAUGGGCCGCAGCCUCCCAAGAAGGUGGUCAAGUUCUUUGGCAUCCCGGUGUCUACCUUACCCGUGACCCUGCAGCUGAUCCUCUUGACAGCCUUGGUCUUCAUCUUCUACCUCAUGUAUGGAUAUGUUCUGGAGUUAAUCUUCACCCUUGAGGGCAUGCAGCCAUAUGGGUGGUACCUGACGUUGGUGCAGUUCGCCUACUACACCACGUUUGCCGUCAUCCAGUUACUCCUCUCCGGCGAGAGCCUCUCCAAAAAAAUACCUUUGAAGACCUAUGCAGUGAUUGCCAUAUUAACUGUUGGCACCAUGGGCUUCUCUAACUCUUCUGUUGGCUACCUGAACUAUCCAACCCAGGUGAUAUUCAAGUCAUGCAAGUUGAUACCGGUGAUGAUUGGAUCUGUUCUCAUUCUUGGGAAGCGCUAUUCCUUUGCUGAGGUUGUGGCAUGUGUCUGCAUGAGUGCUGGGCUGAUUUGGUUCACUCUGGCGGACUCGACAAUACAACCAACCUUUUCCAUCACUGGCGUGGUGCUAGUCAGUCUGGCUCUGUUAUGUGAUGCAGUCAUUGGCAACGUUCAAGAAGGAGCCAUCAAAAAAUACAAUGAGGGAGCUACUCAUGUUGUCCUCUACUCCUACAGCCUGGGGUUCAUUAUCAUCCUUUUAGGUCUAAUAAUGAGCAACCAGUUAUUUUCUGCUGCAUCAUUUGCUACACAGUUUCCCUGGGAGGUGUAUGGGCGAGGAGCAGUGUUGUCGCUGGCUGGGUUUUGUGGUGUGCAGGUGGUUCUCACACUAGUAACCCUGCAUGGAGCACUCCUAGCUGUUACCAUCACCACCUGUCGCAAGGCCCUCACCAUAUGCCUCUCAUUCGUCUUCUUCAGUAAACCAUUCACCAUACAGUAUGUGUGGGGAGGUGUUCUCGUCAUAGCUGGAAUAUACCUCAAUAUAUAUGGAAAGAAAAACAAGGGCUCUUCAACCCCUUUCUUGGUGUCCUUACAAAAACUGUACAUGGCAGUGCAGAGGAGUCUUGCACCCAAGGUGAGCACCAUAAAGGAAGGGGACUCCUCUUUGUUCAAUGUCUGAUACUGAACACUGUGAUCUUGAGAUUACUCUGUACUGUGGGUAUCAAAUGAUGGCUAUGAAAUCCCUGUACAAUGAAUGCUGUAGUGCUAACAUGCUGUGUUGUGGUUUACCUGAGCUCAGCACCGAGGUGUUGUGUGGGCUGUAGUUAUAAAAGUACAUGCACAAGUUCCUGCAGAGUGGAAUUUAUUACAUAUUGGUCUCUAAGACAUGGUAAUAAUUUAUAUAGUUUGAUAGUUGUGUGCUAGUGAUUUCAGAGCAGUUAUUGAUUUUAAUUAUAAGAAAUUUUAUGUUGUGUGUGAAUGAGUGUAGAUUUAUUAUUAUAUUUCAGCCUUAGAAUGUGAUACAUAUUUAGUUACCAUUCGUUCAGUAUUUUAAACUAUAUCUACUCGCUUCUAGGCACAUUUGCUAUGUCAAAAAAAUCUGAUUGUAGAUUUUUGCUUAAAAGCUCAAGAACCAAGUACUUAUAGUGAUUACAGUAAUUACUGUAAUUUUGACAGAGGUGCUAAGUUAUCCUGUACAAUAGCUAUACAGUGCUGUAAUGCAAGCUUCCCCAUGAACAUUAGUACCUUUGUAGGCAUUAUUAUUUUAUUGAAAGACCAAGAUAGCAGUAUUAUGGUAAACCAGCAUAUCAUCAUAGUCAUCGUGGCCUCAUUUCCCACACCACUGGGGGUGAGUCACAGACCUCAGAGAGUUGAGAGAAAGUGAAAUGAGUGUUUACACACACACACACACACACACACACACACACAGGAAAAGUUGGAUAAUUAUAGAUAUGGAGACGGGACCACAUGAGCGUAAGCCCAGGCCCUGUAAAAUUACAACUAGGUAAAUACACCUAAGUAAAUACACACACACACACACACACACACACAAACACUAUUCAAACAUCAUUGAUUCACAUUCCACGUAGCUAUCAGUAAGCUGAUCUAAGCUCAUCAAACUCAACUGUAAGCAUUUUAUUGAAACUGUUUUGUCCAUUGCCUGUUUUGUAGGGAUUUUAAAGCAUGAUGUUUAUAGAUAUAUUGGGUAAUGGUAGAUAGUUCAGAAAUAUGCUUUAAUUUCACCUCUUAUGAGUGUGCUGUUAACUUGAAUGAAGAUAUUCUGUUUAUAUGAUCUUCAUAUUUGCUCAAGAAAAGUUUCUAUCCUGAUACAAAUGCUGAAUGAUAUUUUUUCAAGAGAAUCAUUUAACUCUACUCUUCAAACUUGUAACUUUUAUGUAAGAAGUACAUAAGCAUUAGAGCUGGCCCCUAUGCACUGCUGGAUGGGGAGGGCGAUCAAAGGAGACUGCCCAUCCGUCUCCACUCCACCUGGGAAUGAAACCUGGGACCUCUCAUUUGUGAGGCAAGCGUGCUAACCACUACACUAUGAAGGUCCAUGUGUGUGUUGCCUCAGUGCUGCUUGUGGUUGUUUUAUUUUUCCAUUGCUGCAUUGCUAUUUUUAAAUAUGUUUUGUACAUAAUAUGAAACUUUAAAAAAAUCA